AAUCAAUGCGUUACUCUUAAGUGAAUCAUGAUGCCUUCAACUCAUAGUAUAUUAGUUCCGUAUGUACAGAAAAAGGAAGCUAUAAAUGUUUGGGACAGCUAUAAAGUUAGUUUGAGAAGGUGAUAAAUCAACUUGUAGAAUGGAAAACCAUUACAACUUGCACAUCGCAUUAACUCGGUUGCUAUUUCCGUAACACCUCCUUACAAGUAUGGUCUUCCAGAUGGAUAUAAUGUCAAUCUUUACAAAUGUGAUAGUGAUAAACGUUUCCGUAAAUUAAGUGGAUUUUCGGCUCGAGUAGUUUGUUGUAAUUUUAGAAAUGAUGGGAAACUUGUCAUUGUGGGUGAAGAAGGCGGAACUCUGCGUAUUUGUACUACGGACAAAAACAAGUUUCAUCUUCGGAAGAUGAAAGCACACCAGGGUUCUAUUUCAACAGCUUCAUUUUUUUACGACGGGUUACGUGCAGCUAGUCUUGGAUCAGAUGCAAGUGUUCGAAUUUGGGACGUCACACUGGGUUCCCCAUUAGGACGUUAUGCGGUUUGCAAUGGAAGCGAAGUCGCUCGUGGCAUGGUAACAGGCAGAGUCGACAAUAACCUCUUAUGCUUUGGUGACCUUAAUGGAAAUGUUGCCAUUUACGAUGUGCGCGAGCCAAAACCUGUUCAAAAAAUCACAUUUCCGUCUGCGGUCUCUGCUCUUGCUCUUAGCAAGACGGAUAAAAUUUUGGCUGUUGCUGCUGGUUCAGUUGUACAGUCCUGGGACUUCUCAGCUCAGAAAUUUCAUGACUAUGGAACAAGUCAAGAUCUACAUCUUCAUUACAAAGUUAUUACUGGCUUAUUCAUUGAACAACAUCCCAUCACAGAUGAAGAAGUACUUUUAUCUGUUUCGCUAGACAAGCUCGUCAAGUUCACCAGUUUGCUGGAUGGUAAAGAAUUGUAUCAGCUCCAAUGUUCAUCGCCUUUGACUGCUAUAGGUGUCACGCCAAAGUGUGGAAGUCUUGUAAUAGGAGGAGAACAUGGUUUCGUUAAAAUCAAACACUACGACUCGAAAAUAGACACAUUUGUCUCGGCAUCAUCUGAGGGGCAAAACAAAGUGUCUUCUAGUGACACGGAGGAUCCAUAUAUGAGUUUAUUGUCUCAGUUUUCAAAACCAAAUAAAGGCGAUCGCUUUAUGUCAAUGAAAAUGAACGAAUGGCUAGAAGUACCCCUAACUGGUUCUCGCCGUGCCCCCAGGGACUGGUUUUCACCCGAAAAAUUCAAAGCAACUGAAAGGCCGUAUGUCCCUUUAAUUCAUCAAAAAACGGAAAUAUCACGCAGUGGUCAGUCGUUUUACUCUCAAACACUGACAAAUACAUAUAAUCGAGUAGACGUUCUACUCAGACGUUUUAAUCACUCUCGUGCGUUGACGUUAGCUUUAACCUAUCGAUCAUGGAUGCGUCGCUUUAAAAGAAAAACCAUUCCUACCCCUCAAUAUUGUUUAAACUUAGCACUUGCUGUUGUACGAGAAUUAAUAAGAAGAGAUACGUUAGUUGCCGCAAUCGCAGGUAGAGAUAAUCGUCAGUUAGAAUACAUUUUUGGAUUUAUUUACAACAAUAUUUGGCGUAAAGAUUCAUCUGCAGUUUGCUUAGAAUUAUAUCAUUGUAUAUUAAACACAUAUACUGCUGAAGAACUGAUGAAAACCCGUGGAUUCGCGAAAGUUACUAGACUGCUCGAACUCACAUCUUCAAACUUCUAUGCCCUAAGCAGAAUCGUAGACACAAUUGUAUAUCAGUCCCGCGAUUUACCGCAUUCAAAAAAUGAGCAAGUUGUAGAAAGUAUGUAUAAUUAUUCCUCAUCUAAUUCAGAAAAUUCACCAGAAUGCAAAGAAACAUCUGUAACUAAUAAGCGUAGAAAACUUAAUGUUACUUAGUUAUUGUAAUCCUGUAUAGUGAAAAUAAAUUUCCUUUCUGAUAUCC